CUUGCUCAGAAACAACAACUAUAAUAUCGAACCAUAUUCAUGGCAACACUGAGUAUAUGGCAGAAAUGUACAUGGUAUGCAACGACCAAGAUUUGUCUGACAUAAAUUACCCAAGUUCUUUCCGCUUACCAGUUCCGGGGGCAAGGAUCAGAGUCACAACUGCUGUUGGAAGACCAGAAGUUCCUAAUGAUAUGAGCAUGUCCUCUUCAGCAUCAGCCGAAAGUGUACUCACCUGGAACAAACCACUUCACUCAAAUGGUGACGUUUAUUACGAAAUAAUACAAGAAGCAAUGCCGCCCACACAGGCAUAUAAUUUCCAUACGUUCACAGCAAAACAGACGAAUUUAAAAGUAGAUAUAGGAUGUCCGUCGUCACAAAGGAAUGCAACUACGCUGCAAUUUACUCUGGCCGCUUUCAACAAACUUGAUAAUGGGACGAAACUCAGGAGUGAGAAUACAACACUUGAAGAUAUCGAAUGUGUCGUAUUGGCAAAACCGAUGAAAUUUACAACGAACAUCACAACAGUCAUCGUAAUCUGCAUCGCAAUUUUAGUCUUUAUUAUGGCAUCAAUCCUUGUGUAUUAUCAUCGGAGAAAGUUGACAAAAAAGAUUCAUAAAAGCUUUUGGCCAACUAUACCUGAACCACGCAUCGACCCUAACGUUACGUUGACGAACUCGCCGACCUCAGACUAUCAUCGGGAGAAUAACCAUAGAUCUGAAGAUCCAGAAGAAACGGUUUCCGCCAUUGAAAAUGGGAAUGUUACCAACAACGACCAAAAUCCGCAUAUGAUAACUUUUACACGUGUCAAUACUAGAAUGCCGAAAAACACUGACUCAACACUUACUAUUCAAGAAGAGGGCAUUGAACAUCAAAUGUUUCAAAAACGAUUAUCAUCAACACAUGGACAUACGAAUUCAAUAGCCACUAAUGGUGACCAGAAUAACGUACCACAACCAAUCCCCGCACAUUCUCACAUCGACAUUCAAUAUGUUGCCGAAGCUGGGGAGGCGCUAAAAUCGGACAGAGACCCGGAAUAUCGAUCGUUAAGUUUGAGCUCAUCUGAGUGUAGCACAAAUAACAGAUCGGAAAGUACUUCAUCUGGAUGUUUGAAGCGAUAUGUUAAAGUGUUGAAUAGUUCGAAUGAAAAAGUGACAUUGCCACCACAUGGGCAUGAAUGCGUAACAUACAAUGUAUCAAACGUGCAAGCAACUGAAACAAAUAAUGAACACAGUUUACGACAAGCCAUCAGCGAAGAUUAUCUUGCUGAUGUCGCUGGCUUUACCGGUAACACACAUUCAAAUGAUACCUCACAAUUACAUAAUAUGAUGAAAGCCGAGCGGAAAUUCAAUUGGUCAGAUGAAGACAUAAGACUACCAAAUAUAGAAAAUCAUAUGGAAUAUUUGACAGAAGAACAUCCUUAUAAGCCACUGUGGCAAGAUGAUGUUAUUCGGAGCAUUGACAUAGAUAUGGAAGAUGGCGGCUUUAGACUGUCUGACUUAAACGUUGCGUCAGAUAAAACGGAUAAUUUUUUAAACACUAUAGAAUUGAAUAAAGAUCCUGAUCUGGAUUCAUAUUUACUCGAAAAUUCUCGUCAAAAAGAAUCUUCUUGUGAUUCUCUUCUUAUGAAAAGGUUAUCAUCUUCUAGCGGAAUCCAAGAAGACCUGAAUGAUUCGGAAGACUUAAAUUAUGAAAUGGAAAAAUUUUUAGGAAACUGUUUUCCUACUGAAACAUCUAAACACGAUUUCGAAGAAAAUAUUUCCCAAAACACAAAGUUAUUGGACGAUAAAAGGUUUGUAAUAGACCCAGUGUGCGAAGAAGAAUCUUAUAUCGAUCUUGAAACAAAUCCUUUAGUAAUAGAAUGUUAGCUUCACACACGCAAAUGUAUUAUAUGAAAGAUUGUCUCAUAUAUCAAUAUAAUAUUAUUAUUCGUCACGUAGUGAACCUAUGGAUCGUUUUGUUAUUAGGUUGUUGUGCUUGUUGUCAUAGUCAUUACCUACUGAAUUACCCGUUACCUACUGAGAAUUUUAAAGCAAUUGGUCCAGGAUUCAAAGAGAAAAGCGACUUUUUCAUAACGAUAAAAUUCUAUGUCUUGUUAUAAACAACAAGACAUUUUGUCGUUAUGAAUAAGUCGCUUUUUCCUUUGAUUGCUGGACCAAUUGCUUUGAAAUUCCCAGUAGGUAAAUUUUGACUUUUUCGCUAAAAGCCUAUCACUUUUAUUUAUUUCAAACAUUUCUGGGAGCUCUAUGGGAUUCGUUUUUUUGUGCUAUGACGUCAACAAAAUUUGCCACCUUAAUAUUUUUAUCAAUAUAAAAUGAAAGCAACAGUGACUUGAAAACAGUUUCGGUACAUCGAGAUACAUUUCAAAUACAAUUUUGCUUGAAUUUACUGCAUCAAGUUGCCAAUGGCUGUUUUAAUUUCAAUCAAUUUAAAAGUAAAAACCGAUGGAAAAAUUCACAAUUAAAUUCAUAGGACCGUUACAUAUUGUUUUGUUCGUUGUAUUUCACAUUUUUUGUUUGCGUGACAAGACAACGGUUUUCAAAAACCUGAGAAAUUUCUAUCUUAAUGAAAAUUCUAAUAUAUGCAUUUUUUGUUUUAUUUUAUAUUUUCCCCGUUCAUUUUCUUGUUAGAAAUUAUGAAG